AUAUUACCAAUAUAAUCAGUUGGAGUUGCAACUGCUAGAGUUGAAUCAAAUUUCUGCUCAUGGGUUUCUACUUUGUGUACUGUGCAUGAUAUGUUUGUUGGUUAUUACUGUCUGUUUCCUUGGUCCAAUCAAGACGUGAUUAGUGGCAUUCAAUAUUAGUAUGAACUAGAACAUAAAUUUGAUUUAUUGCCAGUAUGAGGUUAAGGGAUCUGUAGAGAGAAGUCAUAGUUAAGGCAUCACCCUGGACUGUUAUUCUCUCGGCGUCAUGAGAAUCUCUAGCACCAGUCACCAAAGUUAUAUGCAUCUGAUUUCUCUGAAAGCACACCUCUAUUUGCAUACUCAGGUUCUACCUCGUAGAUGUUGACCUUGUUAGGAUACUCCUCUUGUAGUCGAGGUCACAAGUAACUACAUCUCAGUUGGUUUGCCUAAAGCAGCAGGUUCUAGAGUGUAUGUCGCUACAUUCAGGCAUUUGUUCUGAUUACAGUAUGGAGGAUGUCAAAUGGCUCAGAGCUGAGACUUAUGGCAUUGAUCCUGCUGUGGCUGAAAGUGUGAUCCCCGGACUUGAGUUUGAGUCCUUCAAUUUGAGGCAGGGUGACAUGACAGUGUUGGAAUAUGGGCGGCUUUUCAAUAGAUCAUAUCAUUUUGCAUCUCCCUUGGUGGCUAAUGAGAGGGAUAAAAUCCACAAGUUUCUACAAGGAUUAAGACAUGAACUCCGUGAUAUGUUAGUGGUUACCUUAUUUACUGAGUUCAGUCAAGUAUUUUUGGCCGCCAUGAAAUAUGAGGAUAGGCUUUUGGAAUGUGUACAACCAUUGGAGGUGGGUAGCCAGGGUCCUUCCGAGAAGGCUAGUACUAGUUCGAGUUCCGCAGCUUUAACAUGCAUUAGACCUGAAAAUUCAAGACCUGGCUCACUAAAAAGAAGACGUGAGCGGAGGCGGAGCAUUCUGAAGCGCCAUAAGAAAAAGACCAAUCAGUCUGGGGGCAGUGUUGCAAGUUCCGCGGCUUUAACAUGCAUUAGACCUGAAAAUUCAAGACCCGGCUCACUAAAAAGAGGACGUGAGCGGAGGUGGAGCAUUCUGAACCGCCGUAAGAAAAAGACCAAUCAGUCUGGGGGCAGUGUUGGCGGUAAUAGUAGAGCUCCUGUUCAGGGAGACCGUCCACAGUGUCAGAGAUGUAGCAGAUACCAUGAUGGACAGUGCCAAGUGGGACUACAAAUGAUAGGGAGUUCGGUAUGUUAUCAGUGUGGCUGCCAUGGUCACUACUUGAGGCAGUGCCCUCAACUGACGUAGGAGCUACUUCAGUGCUGACCAGAGCAUAAGUUAGGCAUCCAAUAGUGACACUCAAUACACCAGUACAACAUUCCAUGGUACACAACAAGGCAGAGGGCUCUCUGUGACUCGGACCAAACUCCAUGCCAUGAUCCAAUAGGACCGUUCUUUAUCAAAUUUUGUGAACUAUUAAAUCUAGUAGCUCAUUCUAUUAACCUUCACUAGUA